UGUCAAAAGGCAUCUAAUAAGUUGCAGAUAUUUUGAUGUGACGGGAUAAUCCGGACACUUGGUAAUGUGCGUGCAAAGAAUUCGAGAGCUCUUCACGAUGACGAAGAAGAGUCCAGCUUCUUCCAUUCAAGCUUUAUACGACCUUUGUAAGCAGACUUUUACGCCUUCUGCCACUUCACCACCCUCUUCUCAAGCCACCCACAAGCUUUAUUCCCUUUUGGAUACAAUUGGACCUGAAGAUGUCGGAGUGAAAGAUGAAAGCCUAGACGAUGAAAGGGGUCAUGGUCUUUUUGGAUUCAAUGUCUUCAACAGGGUGGAUCGCUGGGCUCAACCGAUAACAUAUGUGGAUAUACACGAGGGUCAAAACUUUACAAUGUGUAUGUUUUGUUUCCCAACUUCUGCAGUCAUUCCAUUGCAUGAUCAUCCUGGAAUGACUGUUUUGAGUAAAGUCCUCUAUGGAUCCUUGCACGUGAAAGGUUAUGAUUGGGUUGAGCCAGCUUGCAUCAGGAAAAGUGAACGUGUUGGUCAUCCUACAGUGAGACUAGCUAGGUUGGCGGUUGAUAAGGUCGUAACUGCACCACACGGUACGUCUGUUUUGUAUCCCAAGAGUGGAGGGAAUCUGCACUGUUUUACUGCCAUUACACCUUGUGCGGUUCUGGACAUUCUUGCUCCUCCUUAUCUUGAAGCAGCUGGUAGAAGAUGUACCUACUACCAUGAUUAUCCUUAUUCCAGCUUUGCACAAGGAGAUGAAAUUGUUGGUAAUGGAAAAGAACAAGAGUAUGCAUGGCUGGCUGUGAUAGAUACACCAGAAGAUUUGUACAUGCGCCCGGGAAGGUACAUGGGGCCACCCAUCCAGAGGUAGCAGUAUACUCUUUCCUGCAAUUGAUUCAGUAUGGAGUGUGGAUGUUCAUGGAGUCCUUUAACUGUGACCCAGCCCAAGAUUGAUCUAUAAAUCAGUAAUUGGUGCUUGACCAUUGUGUAUUAUCACUGACUUUUUUCUAAAUUUUCAAAAUAGCUGCUGUAUCAUAUUGUCAGAAUCAUGAAAAUGCUACAGUAUUAUAUAUUAGUUUAGCCUUCGCUUUGUA